AAACCAAGACUCUUCUGUAUGAGGAAGUUAUCUUUCUUCUUGCCGACGGAGAUGCUGUUUACCCAAAACGUAUAGUUUACAAAACCUGUCCAAAAUCUCAUGCAUGCAGAAUGUAAUUGUGUAUAUCAAGAGACGUGGCAAGGAUAUCAUCAUCAUGGAAAUUACGCAAUGACUAUCUUCCUCACCACCCCCACUCUGACUAAAGAUUGUGAAAUGUUUCUUGAACGAAGGGUGUUCCCUGCAAUGUCAUUGGAAAUUCCACACUGUCUGCGAUGGUAGUUUAAAAGUCAAGAUCAACACAAAUUAUGUCAGCGUCGCGCCGGACUGAAGGACAGAAGCGAAGAUGUUUAGAAAAGCAGUAAGGCAUCUCGUUCAGCAAAUCGAUUCUGGAGGUGAACUGAUCCCAGCCACCAGUGCUUAUGACUCAGACAGGUUUAAACCUCUGUGCCUGGUUUACAGGAAAACAAACGGUCCAUUCUGGAGAAAACCAAAGUAUUGCCCCACUGAUUUCACACUGAAACAUGUACUGGGGAAUGAUGAAGACAACUUGAUAUCAGUCCAGCAGAAGGAGAUGUCCUUCAGUUUCAUGGAGACGGUGGAUGGAUUCAUCAAAGGAAAGGCAAACAUCAGUCUCGACUUAGUCACAGGAAAAUUUGAAGGUUCAAAAGCCACAUGUGACACCAUUCAACUACAAGGAGUCAAACAACUUUACAUCAGUGUCUCAGAGCUAAUCAAAAGCCUGAAAGAUCGAAAAAUUGGACCUUCCUGGGAGCUGAUUAAAAAUACUUACUCAGGAGAUCUCUGCAUCAUAACCGAAACAUUAAUGUCUGUUGAGCCGAUUUCACUGAAGAAAGUUAACAAGGGAGGAUCAAAAGUAUAUAUUGCAUUGUCUCACAUCUCCAAGGCAGGUACAGAGUACACUCUUUUGACUGAGAGAACACUGGAGAUUCCCAAGGGAGCAGUCCUUGCCUACAAAGUGUGGGACCUGACUGUAUCAGAAGAUGGCACAAUCUGCCUCUCAGUGCCAAAAGAGAAGAAUCAAUUGAUGUCAUGGUUACAUGCUGACAGUCUUAAAGUGAAAGGACAUGAAGGGCUUGAAAUCUCCCGUGAACUCAAGUGUCUAGAAAAUGGUUUGAAACAUCAGCUCCUGGAGCAGACAUGCCAGAUUAUUGAAGACCCUGAGCUUCACUCAGUUCUCAGUGAGAUGCUCUGCGAUGCUUGUGCAGGAAUCAAGUAUAAGCUCUCAGAUUUGAAUAAGUUGGAUGAUGAAGGAAAAGAAUGUGCCGAGAAGCUGCUGAGCAUUUGGAGUGAGGAUCAGCUACAGAAUGCAGGCGAGAACAAGUUGCUGCAAGCAGUCUGCUUUCUCAUUGCAGCGUUGGAAGAUCUGCCAUUAGCAACACUGCGAUUACUGGUCAAGAGUUUGAAGCUGCAGAUUUUACCUCAGCAACUUGGCCUGGUCACCAGUAUCAUCAAUAAGCUGGAAGAUACUCAGGUGGGCCAGACUCUGGACGUAGACACCAGAGAUUUGUCGCAGGUUGCGUUUGGAAUAACUGCAGAGAUCCUGAAUGAAAUUGGAAUCCAGGUGGAGGGAGAAGUUUUUCAAAAGAUGAGAGAAACGAGUCUGUGUGAACUGUCCAUUGCUUUGUACUGUCUGGAAGCACUGAGCAAUUAUCGAGAGUGAACCCAGAGAGGGAUAAUACAUAGAUUUUUGGGGUUUUUUAAACUUGUUGUAAAGCUCAAAGAAGAUUCCCAUGUAUUUUAUGAACACUCAUUAAUGCAUGGCUUUGAAGCAAUAAUCUGAGCGUCUCUCACAGAUUUUAUCUGUAUCGAGAGAUCAUAAAUGGCCGGACACUUUUUCCAUUGUUCAGAAAGAUACACACUAGUAAAGCAAUCCACGAAAGGCAAAUAGAACCAACCAGCUGGAAAAAAAUAAAAGCACAUCACCAGUAAAGACUCCGAGUCUGUCCUGGGAAUUAUAUACCAAUUAAAGUUCCCUCUCCCUCAUCAACUCAUCAGUUUUAUUCCCUUCUCUUUCUCAUAUGCUUUCCCCUUAAAAACACCAAAAUAUUCACCUCCACCACCUCCCCUGAUAGCAAGUGUCUCACUCUCUGGACAAGAGAAGUUUGGAUUAAAUUUCCAAGACUUUUAUUGGAAUAUAAGAAUAAUUUACAGUUGGUAUUGCUGAAAAAAAGAAACAUGAAGUGGACGUUCUUUGUCUUGCACCCAUCAGGACCAAUGCAAGAAUGCCAAACUUCAAAGUGAGCAACAAUUCUUACCGCAUGGGAAAAGGGGAAAGGGUGCUGAUUGGUCACCCAAUGAUCCCCUCUCCAAGCUUCAUUGGUUCUUGGUGUCGAGGACUGCCUGUUGUUGCAGCAAAGGCCGUAUGAUUGGCUGGCACCUUUGGCGUUAGCAGAUUAUCUCCCAAAGAAGGCCACAUGAUGGUCAAUAAAUGGCUGAGGGAAAGUGGGCGAAGUGAAGGCUAACUUGCUCCUCAUUUUUGUGCUUGGUGGUAUUAGUGUGGAGGGUGGGAACAGGAGUUGGACUCAGAGUGAGGCCACCAUGGGUGACCAAGGACCCAACCUCCCAAAUAACAUUCAGCCCAGAAAGUGCCUAGCUUUGCAGAGUUCCCAACAGUUGGAAUACUUAGACUGUUCAUUGCCCUUCAAUAUGGCUGAACAAGACCCUCAAGGCACCCUCUCAUUGUUCACUUCUUUAGGGCAGUUGGGGCUGGUUAAUAAAUUCUGACCUCCCGACUGAUGCUUGCAGACCCAUGAAUAAACAGAAACAAAGUCAGUACAAACUACAGGGCUGGAGCAAGGACCCCACACAAACAGUAUGUGACAAUGAACAAUUAUUUUUGUAAAUUUACAUUUGUUAUUUUGUGCAUUUAUAAGCCUUACUGUAAAUUAUAACCCUUACUGUAUUCACACCAUGACAUAAAGAUAGUCUCUUUUCAUUUUA